UAUUUGUCCCGUUUUUCAAAGCCUUCUCUCACCUCUUGUUUUUGGAGGUUUUCAUGCUGCUCCACUUUGUUUUUUUUUCCCUCUCUCUCUCUAUCUCUCUCUCUCGCCACAUUCCCUCUCCAUCGAAUCUCAGAUUUGAGAAACAACCCACUUCACCAUUUUCAUUCUUCUUUCUCUGUCUCUUUUGUAGUUUGGCUUCGAUAGUGUCUCUGGUUCUGCUACUACUACAAACAUUUUUUAUUCCAAAGAAGAGGUUUUCCAUGUUUUGUCAUUUAUCUGACAAUUAAGUUUUGGAAAGUUGAAGAAUGGAGUACGGAAACAUUUGUUAGAGGAAGUGGACGAGUUACUUUACUUUUAAAAUUUCUACUUUUUUUUUUUCCCCCUUGUUACUAACAUAAUCAACCGCUCAAAGGCAAAAACAACCAAUAUCUCUUACAAACUUUGUGGGUGUUUUCUCCUUUUCUGUAUCUGUUGCAUUGGGUUUGUGGUUUCGACCAUGUCAACCAAGAUGAAAGGGAUCUACAAAAGUUUCAAGUACAUCUCCCAAAUCUUUGUUGUGAAGGAGCGUGAGAUGGAAAUUGGGUAUCCGACAGAUGUUAAACAUGUAGCGCACAUUGGAUGGGAUGGCCCAUCUGGCAGUGCCCCCAGUUGGAUGAACGAAUUUAAAACAGCACCAGAUUUCUCAGCCACGUCGCUUGGUAACAUUGGUGAACGACGAGACUCCAAUCCCAUGGCUCUUUCAACUUGGUCCUCUCAAGAUUUUGAGCAAUCCAUGGGACAUCAAUCAACAUCCGACAUGUUCAUGGAUGUUCCUUCAAAUGAACUUCCCAAUGUUCCAAAGAAACAGAAACGGAAGAAGUCAAAAUCUGACUCCUCCCCUAAAUCUUCAUCUUCCUUGGUGAGAUCCUCUCGAACAACAAAGUCAAAGGCAACAACAUACAACAAUUUGGAAGCACCACCAAAUUAGCUGCUUGUAGAAAUGGUACGCGAUUAUGAAUUAAUACAAAGCCUCUCAAUCGUCAAUGGGGAAUAGGAAAGAUUCUUGAACACCCACUUACUAAUGGGAUAUUCACGAGCACAAGAAUGUAAAUCUGAAAAAUUUGAACAUUAUCUUUGUAGAUUUAGAAACAGAGCAUGCUUCUGCAAAUUAGAUGGUGGGGGUGCAAGAGAUGUAUAGAUAAAAAAGGAAGAUGUUGAUUGUUUGGUUUACGAAGAUGCCAAUUUUUGUUUCAAACAUAAUAAGCAUGCAGAGAGGUGGAUGGUUUUGCUAAUUCAGAUGAUUGGACUUUUAACGCUUGCCAAACAAGGUUGAUUUUACUUAUUGACAAAUGAUAUCAAUGAGUCAAAUCCUAACCCAAAAUCAAAUUACUGUUGGAAAAUAAGUUUGGUCUAGGGCACGCAGGCUGGUGGAGGUAGAGUUUCAAUUUGUCAAUAUCAUUGUCCAAUGUGUUUGUAGCAGAUACCAUUUGUUCUAUGUAUACCAAAUGAUUGUUGAGAGGCAAGACGCCAGCCAAAGACCAUUUUGCCCUGGCAAGGAAACCAUAACAAGAGAGCGUGAGGCAGAAGAAAAAGUCCACCAACGACUUUGAAAGUAGGACGGGGUCCCAGGGAGCUCCUGGAAAAAGAUCCUACGUUGAAAGCAAAAGUGGCAUCUUGACUCUUUGUAAUGUAAAAAUAGGUUUCAUGUGUUUCCUUUUCUUUGUUUUGUAUUUUUCCUAAUAUUGGGAUACGGAAAUUCAAACUAGUUUUGUCAU